AUGGAGAAAAGGACAGCUAUCUACGAUAUAUUUCAGAGACUUUUUUGCCUUUUUUACACUGACUCCCUCCUCCUCCUCCUCCAGGAAACCCAGCGCUUGCUGGCAGAACCAGUCCCUGGGAUAAAAGCAGAGCCAGAUGAGAGCAACGCACGUUAUUUUCAUGUGGUCAUUGCAGGUCCACAGGAUUCUCCCUUUGAGGGUGGGACAUUUAAACUUGAACUAUUCCUUCCAGAAGAAUAUCCAAUGGCAGCUCCUAAAGUACGUUUCAUGACCAAAAUUUAUCACCCUAAUGUAGACAAGUUGGGAAGAAUAUGUUUAGAUAUUUUGAAAGAUAAAUGGUCCCCAGCUUUGCAGAUCCGUACAGUUCUGCUAUCAAUCCAGGCUUUGCUAAGCGCUCCCAAUCCAGACGAUCCGCUAGCAAAUGAUGUAGCAGAGCAGUGGAAGACCAAUGAAGCCCAAGCCAUAGAAACAGCCAGAGCAUGGACUAGGCUAUAUGCCAUGAAUAAUAUUUAAAUUCACUCUGAACAUCAAGUGUGCAUCACUUCUCCUGUUCUGCCAAGACCUCUUCUUUUUUGUUUUGUUUUUUGUUUGCAUUUAAUGGACACAGUCUUAGAAACAUUACAGAAUAAAAACCCAGACAUUUUCAGUCCUUUGGUGAUUAAAUGCACAUUAGCAAAUCUGUGUCUUGUCCUAAUUCACUGUUGUAACGCAUGAGCAGAGGCUAGAAGUAUCAUCAGGAUUGUUGUGAAAUUGUUUAAAAGCAGUAGCUCAUCUGCUUUUAAUCAUUUUUUUUCCAUCAUGGUUUAAGUAUAAGCACUGUGAAUGAAGGUAGUCAGGGUUAGCUGAGGAUUUUGUUUUAAUUUUGUGAGCUCCUCUUCCUUUUUUUUAUGGUGAUGCUAAUUGCAUUGGCUAAAGCAGCUAACCAGUUACACUUUAGGAUAUGCCCUCUAGCCAAGUCUAACUUAGACAAUGUAGAUGGACAAGCUUGAUUGUUUGAACAAAAAUGGGAACAUUAAACAUCCAUCACCUUCACUAAUUACAUUGUGAUUCUGCUGUCAAGUGUAGAAACCGCCUUUCAAGGAAAAGCUUGUGACCAUUUUGUAUGGCUUGUCUGGAAUAUCUUCUGUAAAUCUUUUAUGUUUUAGUAAAAUAUUUUUUGUUAUUCUACUUCGCUGUUGUACAGUUUAUUUUGCUGUGGUUUUCAUUUCUCUACUGUGACAAUUGUAUUUAAAAAAUUGAAAUCAGAACAGAAGAAUGUUUUCUCCAGUCUGACAGGUUAAAUAGUAAGAGUAAGAAUUUGCAAUUUCCCUUACUCUUGCUGCUGAUUUGUAUUACUAGCCCAUAUAGUAGGUAACAGCCCAUGCCACUGAAUAUUCCUAAAUUGGCCAAUACAAAAUUGAUGGAGGCUAACAGCAAAUGACAGCAGUAACUGGGUAAAUGUACGACUUCAGUGUUUUGUGCUGAGUAUCAGGUAUUAUAGGCAUUCUCUUUAAUUCUAACUCAUGUCUCCAAAAAGGCAUAUAAAAUACCAGUGUACAGUACAACUGCUUAACAAACUAGUCUGUCGAUAUUUGCUAAGCCACUUUCAAAUAGCCCCAUUUACCAUUGAUCUUUCUUACAAGCCUACUUAAGCUAACUUAUCACUAGAAAGGUUUCUUCAUUUGGAAGCAGUAAAUAGCUUUUUGCUUCUUUGCUCUUACAUUUAUAUAUUUGUCUUUUGGAAGCCCAUUUUAAUCUCUUCAGUGCAACUUUGUAUCCCUUUAAAUGCUCUUUUACUAGUUGCUCUCCACCUCCCCACAAAACUCCAGUAAUGUUUUCUGAUCUCUAAGCUUUCUAUGUGUCCAAUUUAAACUGUAUAAAUGACAGCCUGCAAGUGGGAAUGUAUAUCUAUCUUGCAAUUCACAGUGAUGGUUAUGUAGCCUGUUGGUAUUUUCUGCCUCCCACACUCCUAUUCUAGUGUCAUCUGGAGUUUCUAUAGAAUGUGGUGUAUUUAUUGUGCUCUUAUGUAAGAUGAAGAUUAUCUAUUAAAAUUACAUUUUCAACAUACUAAUGCUCAGUGACUGGUAACUGGUAUUGUCCCUCAAAGUGCAUUGCAUAGUAACAUAUUAAAGCUUGGUUCAGAAUAAUCUAGUUCAGCACAAGAUUAAGACACUUAAAGCCAGGUUUAAAUCUAGAUUUCCAUAUUGGAUGUAGUUUGGCUCACAUUUGUGAUGUACAGCAGAUUUUAGGCUUAUUUAGGUUGAAUAGGCCUCUUUGCUGUAACUAACAACCCCCUAUGUGGUGUUCAGAUGAACAUUUGUGCAGAUUAGUUUGUGAAGUUCUCUUGGUUGUUUGUUGAGUGACUAUAGUUAAUUAAGCAUACAUGUACUCUUAAUUUUACUGUAACUAACUCUGCAUUCAUGUCUUCUGAAUUCUAAAAUGCAUCUAAAGAUACUCAACCCUUUAAUACUACUGUUCCAAUGUACCAAUUGAUGCCUUUAUUAGCAUACUUUGAAUAUGUAACUAAAUGGAAAAAGUACUCCACCAGUCAAACCAUGGUAAAGAAAUGGUGUGCAGUACAUUUCAUUGUGUAUAUAGAGGAGCCAAUGUAUACCAGGUUUUUCAAGUAUCUACUGGUUAGUGUUGAAUAGCUUCGCUACUUCCUUUUUCUCUGUGCAGUUAGACAAUGUAAAUGUGUGGGUAAAUAGCUGAUGCAUCUACAGAUGUAAGAUGUUUAGAAGGACUUGUCCUUAAAUGCUUAUUUAAAAAAAAACAAUUUAGAUGCUAAAAACUUUUUGUGGCAUAACUUCAGUGCUAACCAUGGCCAUAAGAAUCCGGAACUGUGGACUUAAACUCCAAAAUAAAUUCAAGUAAAGUAAGAUCUAUGAAAAUAUUACUUUAUAUUAUGAGAGUCACUUAACAUCUGAACCUUGUGCUUUUUUUAAUGAAGUUUAAAAUGAAACAGAUAUUUUCUGCCUUGUAGCAAGUUAUGCUUGCAGAUAUGACUCCCUUGCUCAUAUUUGAGAGUGUGAAGUUCUUAGCUCAUCUGUACAGUUGCCUGAAUUAUCUGAAACCAGAAUAACAAAAUUCUAUUUUUCAAAUAGUGAUUGAAGAUGCCCUGAUAUUUGUCUUAUCUAAUGCUCAAACAUGACUUCUAGAAUCAUAAUUUUCCACCACGUACAAGUAUGGUUUGCCUUACCAUGAGCACAUUAGAAUUUUUAAUCUUUACUGAAUUCUUCAGUAUGAGUAUUUCCUUUCAUACUUUUCCUUUAGUACUAUUGGUGCUAAGAGCUAACUGGCCUGAAAGCCUGAACAGGAGUCAAAGCUGUGUUUUUCCAUAUUAAUUUAUGGUUGUGUACGUAGAAGACAAAAUUGUAAACCAGACCCUACAUUUUAAUUUUUUUCACAAUAACUAACUUUAGGUCAAGGAAAUACACUGGAAGGUUCUUUGUUCUUGCAUUUAACAUUCUGAAAUCUGAACGGUCAUUUUUAAACAUUUAGCCAUGAUUUUACAUGGAAAUGAGGUGGUGUAUCUAUCCCUUAGAACAACAGACAGAAUAAAUGACUUGACUAUUAGGUAACUUCUGUAGCCUAAAACAGUGAAGUGUUGCUUUUAUAGCUUUCAAGAAAGCGUAUCUCCAACACAUGGUUACUUUAAACGUCUUAAUGGAAUAGUUCAAUUGAAAGUUGUGAAAUUUCCCUCAAUUUAUGUAUGUUCCUACUUGGAAUUAUUUUGAGGGGUACUUUAAAAUGAAAAUGUCUGUUAUAAACAACCUGUCAUGACUGUAAUGUAAUGGACACUUUAAAUAAAAGGACGAGUGGAUUAUUCAUCACAUAUACAUUGAGCAUCAUUUAAAAAGAAAGUGGUCCCUUUUGUCGUAUGACCAUGGUAUUGUUCAGUUUCAGUGGUCUUUAAAUAAUGUCUGUGCAAAAUUAGAAAAUAAAGUUUGACAAAUUUUUAAGUCCUCCA